UCUGUACAGGCUAUGGGCAAAUUUAGGGGGCUGUUCCUGCUGAAUUGUGCAAAAGACAUGGAUAGGGAGCUAUAAAAGUGGCCAAUGGGCAUUGACAGUUCCCAGCCACUUGGUAUAUGGCAUUAUUAUAUUUGGCUGCCGUUCAUACUGGGGUGGGUAUGUAUAAGUGGGGGCUGUUCCUGCCCACUCAGAAUGUGGGAGUGGUUACCUGCUCUCUUUGGUACAAUAUCCAGCAGCCGAUUGGUAUAUAAGGAGGGAGGCCAGGAAGCCUAUAUCAUCAUCUCCGGGAUCUGAUUGCUCACAGCCAUGAAGGGGACUCUGAUUGUCUUACUGGGAUUGGCCGGAGUGUGGGCCGCUCCUGACGGAGGGAAACCGGGAAACAAAUGGAUCAACGAUUAUGACAAACCCCUGUCUUUCCAGUGUCCCAAGCAGCAGAGCAUCAGCUUUAUCAUCAGUAAGCACAGCAACAGAAGAGAGGACCGAGUGUGGAGCUUUGCCUGUCAGAACUCCCUGUACCUGCCUCUCUCCUGUAACUGGACCAACUACGUCAACGACUUCGACCAAGAGCUCAACUUCACUUGCCCAACGGGCUCGGUUCUGAGCGGAAUGGAGAGUUACCAUGAUAACAAGAAGGAGGACAGAAGGUGGAAGUUCCGGUGCUGCCAGGGGGAGGUAGCCGUGGCCCAGAACUGCACCUGGAGUGAUUACGUCAAUGAUUUCGAUGGAUGUCUGACAUGGGAGGCCCCCCCUAAUCACCAUCUGGUGGGGGCAUUCAGUUACAACGACAAUAAGAGAGAGGACCGGCGCUGGAAAUAUUACUCCUGUGAAAGAACCGACGCCAAGGAGAACAUGAAGCAAUUAUUCAGUUGCUGACUGACCCCCAAGUUUGCUCCUUGGCUCAAUGGGGGGGCCCCCCAAUCCCUGCUAUAAAGUAACCCUUCAGUCUUCUAAUAAAAGCAUGACUAUAAGCAUAAA